AUGGCCUCUAGGCUUAUGUCUAAAAAUAAAGUGGUAGCCACUAGUGCUCACAUUCCCACAAACCAACAGGACAAGCCAAAAAAGCCAGUUACAAUCAACUGGCGCGACAUUCAGGCCGAUAUCAAGCAUCCCCCGAUGUCUAGAAAGAAGCCAGGAGAGGACGAUGAUAUUGCUGAAGACGACAAACCCAGCAGCACCAACACCGUUGACCCAGAGAACGAUCCCAUGGCCUGGCUAGACGAUGGUUUGCCUGAUUUAUCUGGAUCACAACACGCCUACUUUGACCUCCAGACCCAAUUCGACAUCUCUCGUUACAUCGGCGUUUUGGCGGAUAGCGUGUCAGAUGGCUCUAAAACAACAUCCACCAAUCCAGGCCAGGACCACACGGCAAAGACAAGUUUGGAUAGCGUGGACGCUGGUAUUCUAGCGCCUGAAGAGGGAGAAUGGACGACGUGGGAUUGA